AGGCGCUGAUUGGCUGAAGAUGACAUCAUCCAGUCAGGAUCUAUUGUUGGAAAGAGGAUGAGCUCAUCGUUUCACAGCCAGUGUGAGAGAGCGGAGCGAGGACGGUGGACGCAGCAGCUUCAGCAGAGAGUAAAGGAGUCUGCAGACCCGAGACCGACACCCCGCUCCCGGCUCCCGGCUCCCGGCUCCCGGCUCCGGUACACCAGGACUACCUUCCACAGGGACACCCACAACAUGGUCUGGUCCCGGGACACAGAGGUGGAGCGGCCCCCGCUGUCCGUCAUCCUGCCGCGGCUCUACCUGGGAGCGGAGAGCGACGUGACGCAGGACCGGCUGGCCUCUCUGGGGAUCUCCUACGUGCUGAGUGUGAGCCGCUGCAGCCCCCAGCCCUCCUUCCUGCCCCGCUCCAGAUAUCUUCGCAUCCCCAUCGAUGACUCCCUGUGGGACGACCUGCUGCCCUGGAUCCCACAGGCUCUGAACUUCAUCGAUGCAGCCAUGUCCUCUGGAGCCUCAGUGUUGGUUCACUGUGCAGCAGGGAUCUCCCGCUCCCCCGCUCUGGCUGUAGCCUACGUCAUGUACAGCCUGGGGAUGGACCUGGACCACGCCUACAGGUUUGUGAAAGAGCGGCGGCCCUCCAUUUCCCCAAACUUCAACUUCCUGGGUCAGCUGCAGCACUUUCAGGGCACCCUGAGCCAGAAGACCCCUGGUGGUGACCCCCUCCUGCAGCAGCUGGACAGCUGCCGGCCGUCCAUCACUGACAGUGUUGGCCACCUACACUCCAGUCAUAAGAUGAACUAUGAGGCUGACGAUGUCAGUGGUGAUGCAACAGAGGUCAAACAGGAGAGCCCCUCCCUCACAGACAGGACACAACAGAGACACUCAGAGGGAAACCAGCAGCCGUCCUUGUCAGGGAAACUUCAGACUCUCCAUCUGACUCUCAGUCUAAACCAGGUCCAGACGCCACAUGAGGCUCCAGCUCUAAGCUCCUAUGAGCCAGUCAAACCAUCACCAAAGCCCACAGAACUACAACUCCCAUCAGGCUCUGCUUCUCUAUUAGAGAAACGCAAAAGCCUCACCCUCUCUUUGAUCCCUCUGGGAAUCAGCCCUCCCUCCCCAGCAGGCAGCAGCCAGCAAGCACAGGGCACCACCUCAUCCAGACCUGUCCACAGCAGGGAGACAGGAGGAAGGGCUGAGGCCAAGACCCAGAGGGGCCCAGGCUCCUACAGGCCGGCGGGGCCCGGCCACAGAGGGCAGAGUCCCUCCGACAGGUGCAGCAGAGCGGAGGUGCAGGAGCACGGCCUGCUGUCACCCUUCAGCUUCACCCUCAACAAGCUGCUGGGCUGGGGGGAGAGGCUGCUGCUGGGGGGGGUGUUUGUCCACCCUGUGAGGAUGGGACAGCCUGCUCUGCCGUACAGGUGCUGAGGGGAGGGGCUUGUUUGUGUCUGUGCAUGUUCAUGAAGAGGAACCAAACACACACACACACACACACACACACACACACACACAC